ACUUCAGGUCACACUGUCAGAAGCGCAACUUAAAUAUUGGUCAGUCAAAUAGCAGUUACACUGUGCUAAAAUUAAGGCAUCUGCAACACUGUCAUGGCUGAGAGGGCCAGUCAAGCUGACCAGGGAGAAGGAGAGAGGCCGGUACAAGACAAAGAUGCAAACACUGCUAGUGAUCAAAAUGAAGACACUGUUACUGGUGGGGAAUCCCCAGUCAUACAAUCUACUGAGGAUCCAACCCAACCCGAAGAAGAGUCCGCGUGUCCAGGCUGCCGGUCACUGGGCGUCCUGACAUUGCCUUGUGGCCACAAACUGUGUCCCUCAUGUAUUGAGCUAAGCCAGGGAGAGCUGAACCAGGCCAGCUGCACUAUCUGCUACGGAUCACAACUGAUGGACUCGGUCCUCCACACUCUGCUGGAUGCCCUGUUCCAGGGCCUCCCCAGGAGACAGGGGGUCACCCUUGGAGCUGAAGAGGAGAGCAUCAGGAGACCAGAGGAUGGAGGGAAAGCUUUGGCUGGAUAUAGGGUCAUAGAGAGUGAAGAGCUGUGUGCGCAGCAUGGAGAAAGGGUCACUGUGUUCUGUCUGCAAGAGGAGGAGCCGCUCUGCCGGCAGUGUCAGACAGAUGAGCAUGAUGAACACCAGUGCUGCUCCAUAGAGGAGGCUGUUCGCAACUGUAAGAGAGAGCUGCGACCUGCAAUCAGGAGCCUCCAGGAGCAGCUGGAGAGUUUAACCUCCAUCAGACAGACCUGGGAGGACAUUGCUGCUCACAUCAAGAGUCAAUCAAUACAAACAGCCCAGAUCUUGAGGGAUGAGUUUGAGAAGAUGCACCAGUACCUCCGUGAUGAGGAGGCUGACCUGAUGUCACAGCUGAAACAGGAAGAGGAGGAUAAGAGUCACAGGAUGAGAGAAAAGAUUGACCAGAUUAACAGUGACAUACACUUGCUGACCAACAGUAUCAGAGAGACAGAAGAUGCCAUGUCCUUAGAAGAUUUCCUCUUUCUAAAGGAUUAUAAGAAGACCUCUGAAAGGGCUCAGUGCAGUGUAGAGGAGCCUGAGGAUGAAUCAGAGGCUCUGCUUGAUGUCGCCAAACACCAGAGCUGUGUGCAGCACCACGUUUGGGAGAAGAUGCUGAGGAUCAUCCAGUACUUUCCGGUGACCAUGGACACUAACACAGGCUCGGCAUGUUUAGGUGUGUCUCCUGACCUUUCCAGUGUGUACGUCUGUGAGGAGCAGCCGCUUCCUGACAAUCCAGAGAGGUUUGUGAGCCCACAGAGCAUCCUGGGCUCAGAGGGUUUCAGCUCAGGGAGGCACAGCUGGGAGGUGGAGGUUGGCAAUAACAGCCACUGGUCUCUCGGUGUGGCCAGAGAGACAGUCAGAAGAAAAGACUGGUCCAACUCUGAUCUAAACCCAAGUCCUGCCUUUCACUCAGACAUAGUGCCUGGUGGUGGCCUGUGGACUGUGUCCCUCUCCUCUGGGGAGUACUGGGCCUCCCCUGGACACAGCACCCCACUCAAGCUGAGAAGAAGGCUACGCAGAGUCGGAAUUCAGCUGGACUGGGAGAGAGGGUGUUUGACUUUCUCUGAUGCACAUGACAACACCCUGAUCUAUCGUUUUAAAAAGCAGUGGAGUGGAAAUCUGAGACCCUACUUUUCCACCACAUGUUCGAAACACCCACUGAAAAUCACAGCAGGGAGGGUGAAUAUUACCAUAGAAUAACUUCAUACUGUCAUGAUACUUGUGACAUACAAGUACGACCUUUGGAGAAAUAGACCUACAGGAAAACCAGAGUCAAAUUUUAAACUGUGCCCAAUACAAUGAUUGGCCCAAUUUAACCUCAUUUACCACAAAUAUUUGCAGGAAGGGGAAACUGCAAAGCAUAGUUGAAUUAUAUGUAAAAAAAAAAAAAAAAUGUCUUCAAACAACUCCAAAGCUCUAGGGCUAAAUAGGGGUUGGAGUCUAGUGGUGGGUGAUCUGGCCAAAAGAUCAUAUGACAAUCAUUUUUAGGAUAGAAUCACGAUCCACAAUCUGAAUCAUGAUUCUUCCCAGCAUCUAUUCUGUCCAAAAAAUGUGAGCCAAAAAAACCAACUAAAUAAGCGUCUUAUGUCAGAAAAAAGACAAAUAUUUUUUUUAUUUAUCUAACAUAUAUAACAGAUCUAGUCUUUGACCUGGACAAGCAGAAGUAUACUUUCACUAAAUGUUUCAAUAGAUCGCUCGUGUUACCGCUUUUCCUGCAAAACAUGUCACACUUUGUCUCUGUCGAUUUUGGUGAAGAGACACAGAUGCACAGAUCUCUCCUCAGUAUGCCAGUACUCUCUCGAUUAAAAAAUUAAUAUCUGUUGGUUGUAAUGAAUGCAUGCGCAGUUUUCUGUAGCAAGUCUUGUAUUAUUACGGCAUCUGUGUUCUACAGAGCAUUGUGAAAACUUCUGUACGAUUCCUCAGAAAAAUCUGAUCAUAUUACAAAUUAAGAUCGAUUACAGUAUAUGAUCAUCAGAUCGUCUACCCCUAUUGGAGCAUAUCCCAGUAAACAUUGGGUGACCCUGGACAGGUCACCAAAAUAACCAUGCGAUUUUCCAGACAGUCGAAUGAAAUGGAUGAGUUCUUUGAUUUUUUGUUUCUUUAGUUAACAAAUGCCAUGGCAGGCCAAAACCAAAACCAAAGGUAUCCUUCUAAUCUUUCUAUCCUGCAUAUAAAACAGCCCAACAUGUUAAAUUCCCCUGUGUCAUGAAGUUUCAUUGUUGGCCAAGGAUUAUUAAAACACGUCAGUGAACCUCA